AUCCAAAUCAAAUGAUAUAGUAGGAACGUAAAGAUGACUUAAGACUCAAGAUUCUUCUUUCAUCAUCCGUCAAGAUGAAAUCUGAAGCUGAUUGCAGAUAUUUUGAUAAGAUCAUCCCUUUAAAUGAAAAUCAAGCUUUUAUUUAUUACGACGGCGGUUGUUACGAAUUGUACGAUAUUGAGUCACAAAACAUCAUUGGCCGAGGACAAAUCACUAGUGAUGUCAAGUAUUUCUCUCAAAUAUACCCAAUGUACUAUUUAAAAGUAAUUAUUAGGACCUUGAGUUACCUUGACCCAGAUGAUAUGAAAGUCAAGUUGUUGGAUCUUACUACUAGUAAAAUCAACCAAUCCUUUACCUUCGCUGCUAGCAAUGUGGUUAAACAAAACAGUGAGAAGUAAUAAAAGGAAACCUUAGCUGAUAGUAAUACAUUUAUAUAAUGAUAGAAUUUCGUCUCAUGACUCUAGACAGAGAUGCAGACAAGAUUAGAUACUUAAUCACUUAAGAUUUGGAAAAACAAUAUUCAAAUAAUAACACAUGUCACUUCAUAAUUAGAAUCAUCCCUCAAACCUACGCAUCAGACACCCAAUUUGACAUGAGUCCUGUUUUUGAAUAUAAUUAUCCAAAUAAGACAGGAUAGACAGACCUAUUUCACUGGUAAGUUGAUGAAGAGACAUACGUUAUUUAUGGAUAAGAUUUCGAAGUCGGACAAGCUGAAAUCUUGUUAAUCAAACCCCAUCUAGCCCAGAAGGCAUUCUAUAUUAUCCAAGUCAAAGACACCUUAUCUUACACUUUAGUCAAUGUUACCAAUUGGAUACAUCCUCAUUUGAUUGCUCUUUGGUAAAACAACAACAGUGGAGAUGCAAAGCCAACUAUUUUUACAAUUGAUAUGAGAUCCUAUUAUGAUGGAUAAAAUUGGUUGCCUGAACCAGAAUAUAAUGCUAUUAAAGUAAUUUAUAUCAUUAAUUUCUUAUAGGUCAGAGAUGACUAUGUUGGAGAUGAGCCGGUUACCUUUAUGGAUAUCUAUCAAUUCCAAUUAAAUUCCACAUAUGUAUUGUAAUUUAGACUUGUCGGUAUUGAUCCAAGACUUUCAUUAAUUAAUUAUGCAAAUAUUGAUAAACCUGAGGUGAUCAAUGAAGUCAAAGUAGAUGACUUUUUCCAUGAAUUCCCAGCAAAUAAAUCCUAUUUAUUAUCAUACAAUGAUUUGGAGUACAAUAUAUUUCAUAACUCUUAGAGUAAAAAAUGGACAAGUAGAAUUCACCAUUGUGUUCCCAGUUGAUGCAAGACAUUAAUUAUUACAAAUAAUUGAAAAAGCAAAAGUAAUUGAGAAGUACGGUAUUAAUUACGUUGAAGAAUUAUUUGAAUUCUAUUAAUGAAAAUUCAUAUUAAAGAAAUAUUAAGUCAUGUACC